AUGGUCGGUUCGAUACCCAACGACAUCUUCCAAUUCGGAACCACAGCCGCGACAGCCGCCGGAUUUGCCGAAGGCCAACCGCGCACCGCAGACCUGACGUCCCACGGCACCGAUGGCAUUGGUAGCUACGAAGACGGGCGCCUGAUGAUCCUGAACAACGGCGAAGCAUACGCGCUUUCGAGCGACAACACGGCUUCACCAGCUCCCCUGGAUGCCCGCCUCCCGUUUGCAAUGGUCACCAUCUUUCGCCCCACGUUUCGCAUGGAGGUUCCGAGCCUGGACAUGGAGAGCCUUGAUGACCUGAUCUCGAGUCCGAAGAUAGCGCAUGCGAGGGCUAUCAAUACCCUUGCGCCCUUCAAGGUUGUGGGCAUGUUCAAGUCCGUCGAGUUUACGGAUGGUGGCGAGCAGCAUGACUUGAAAGGUAUCGUGUUCGGCUACGUGGUGCCUAAGUGGAUGAAGGGGAUCUGUGGGCCAAGAAUACAUGCGCACUUUCUGGCCGAUUCGGGAGAGGUCGGAGGGAAGGUGAUGGACUUUGAGACGGAUGUGGCAACCUUGAGUUUUGCGAAGACGGGCAGGUUUCAUCUAGGAUUCUCACAGAGCCAGGAGUGGGAAGAUGUCCGGCUGUAA